AAAGCCAAUGCAGUCCUCGUUUACGCCAAACAUCUGACAUCGACCAGUGAUUAACCGCACGGCUGGAGACUGGCAUGUAAUUCGACUGCGUUGAAGCUUAGCACAGCCUGUGUCAGCACCGGAGGAUAUGUGCAAGGAGUGGAUGUGUUGAUAGCCUCGCAGUGACCUCACCUGUUUGUGUUGUGGUGGUGAUGGAGAAUAUCGAGGAGUCUUCGCCCCUCCGGAUCACCCCGACCGUCCGGGCGCUGAGCUCCGCACUGCGGGGAAAGCGUGACAAUGUGCCCGAACCCAGACGGGAAAACGGCGACAGGAUAUUCCCAGAACCGGAGAAGCUGUGGUUCAAGGAGAGCAGCGCUAAAAAUCUGCGUAACAGGGACUUCUUGUCGCCGACCACGAUGCUUAACACGCUGUAUGCGGACGGACAGGUCCCUCCAGCAGUGAUGUCCAGGGUCCUGUCCCUCUGUGGCAGUGGAGUUCUCCCAGUGGCUGGUGGGGAGGUGAUGGGUGAGGGGCUGAGGGUGAGGGUGGAUCGAGCUGCAGCUUUCAGGGCUGUCCUGGCAGGUGGAGCCACAGAGUAUCUGAAGCCCUCAAGUCAGAGGCAAGGCUGUGUGGUGCUCAACUGCCCCGCACUGCAUCCUAAACCCAACACACCCACCCCUGAUACACUGACUCUGGGCCAGCUGAGGACUGUUCUGCUGGCUGACCACAUGGGGGCGCUGUUGAGAAGACAGGGAUUUGCAGUGUCUUAUUGCCCCACGCUUCCCGAAGACAGCGACAUCAUCACCUUUCUCCGAGCUCUCGGCAUCGAUUGGCCGACAGCCCCAGCCAAUUGGACCAAUGAGGAACGGGAGGAGAAAAUUCAGGAGGCGCUGGAGAACUCCCCCUACAAGGAGAGGGAAACAGAGAGAGGCAGGAGGACCAGUGGAGGAGGAGGAGGAGGAGGAAGGAAGGUGGAGGAAGGGGAGAAUGAGGGAGCGCUGAGGGUCAACUUGAAAAGAGUGUUCCAGGAGGAGGGGUUGCUGGGAUAUGACCCCAGCCUCGGCACCUGCACAGUACACAGAGACAGUGUUUCCCACCUGGCGCAACUGGACCUAGCCACAGCCGACUGCACAGUAGCCAUGGCAACAGCGUUACAUGUGACUUCCUGUCAGGAUGAGUUUCGCCAGCAGCAGAUGGCAGUGUUGUGGAGAGCCAGUGGAGCAACACACACGCAGAGACAUCUGGUGUGUGGGCCUGUGAAGACUCCUGGUUCUCACCUCACUGCUGCACAGUACCUACAGCUGCGAAGAGGUCAGAUGAAGGAAGCCUCAGAGAUGAAAUAUGGAGAUCAAGUAGAAGGUCAGACAUGGGAUGACAUCAUCAGGGUCAUGACCUCUGCCACUGUCAGAUUUGAGCUGCUGUCAACGGUCCACACAAGUCCCGUGACACUGGACGUCCAGAGGGAAGGCGGCGUGUCCACCAAAGGCCCGAGAGGAGGAGUGUUCGUCAUGUACAACUGUGCCAGACUGCACACGCUGUUCGACAGCUACGAGAGAGGAGUGGAGAAGGGUCUAUACCCAGAAAUCCCUGAAGGCUCCCAGCUAGACUUCUCCGCUCUGAAAGAAGAGGGCGAGUGGCUUCUCCUCUUCAAUUACCUCAUUCCUUUCUCUGAGCUGCUGGACCAAUCAGGGCAAGCUUUAGACUGUGAAGGGGGAGGGGCCAGAGUCAAUAUUAAGACUGAGCAGAUCUGUAAAUUUCUCGUGUCUCUCAGUAAAGACUUCAGCUCCUACUACAACAGAGUCCAUGUGCUGGGGGAGCCGUUGCCUCAUCUCUUCAACCAGAUGUUUUGUCGUCUGUAUCUGUUACGAGCGUUGCGAGAGCUCUACCACAGCGCUCUGGACACCCUUAACCUGCCCCCCAUCAGGCAGCUAUAGCCUCGGCGUAAUUCAAUCGUCCUGUGAUCACUGUUAGCCCUACCACCCCACCCAUCACACAAACACACACACAUGCACACACGCAUGUUUUGCAAUUGUAGCUUCACCACGUACACACUUCAUUUAGCAAUGACAAUGUGUCCAGAUAAAUAUGACCGCCGACAGCCGGUUAGCUUAGCUAAGCAUAAAGAACAGCUAGCCUGCCUCUGUCCAAAGGUAACAGGAGCCACCAACCAGUAUCUUUAAAGCUCACUAAUUAGCAUGUUGCAUGUUGCACAAACCUGAAGUGUGAAAAUGUUUCAAGGGAGGUUAUGACUCAUAACCAUGUGUGCCAUAGAGACUCCACGAAGUUAACAGUCCUGGUCGAGAAAUCGUCCAACACAUAACCCUCUUUGAAAUGCUGAAAUGUUGUUUUGAUGCUUGGUUUGUAGGUAUGUUAGCUAAUUACUGAGCUUUAGAGGUGCUGUCAGGUUGAUUUAAUUUCCUUUGGACAGAGCCAGGCUAGCUGUUUCCCGCUGCUUCCAGUCUGUAUGCUAAGCUAAGAUAACCAGCUGCUCAUAUUUACUGUACAUAUUUGAGAGUUGUCUUAUCCCUUAACUCGCAGUAAGGACGGAAAUGAGCACAUUUGUGAGCACACUCCACAAAUGUGGAGUAUUCCUUUAAAUUAUAGUAGGAUGAACAUACCAGGUGUUAUUUUAAGCCAGACGGUCCCUCUCUCAGUGUCUGAGUGCGAGGAUGGGAUGCCUUUUUUUUUUUUUUUUUUUAAGCCCUAAUGUGUAAUUUUUAAAUUCCACUCUAAACACGUUACCGUACGGUACAUUUAUAUGCCUUUUGACUUAAGCAGACACAUGAGGCUUUUUCAAUGAUGGUGCCAAGAUCCCAGCAGUAGUCAAGACGUCCCAUCUAAACCGUAGUAAGACCUAUUAGACUUUCUAAAUGGCCUCAUUAUUAUCACAGUACCCCCCUGCUUAGUGUCGCUGAAAGUCUCCCCUCUUUUAAACACAUAUUAAGUGUCUUAGCCAGGGCCUCAAGACAUUUGUUUUUACUUCUCAAUAAGCCUUGUUAAACUGUUGAAGGUCCCAUUUCAUGUGUGUUUCCCACCUUGCAUUUAUCAAUACCACAGGAAUAUUUAUUGUCUGUACAGAAUAUUUAUUCCACAUACGAGUCUUAAUUGCUGUGUUCAUACUAUUAUUCAGAGCCCUCUGAUUAAUCACAGUCAUCCUCUUUGACAAAUCAAUACAUAUGUACCAGAUGUAACAGGUGUUCAUAAGUUAUUGACACAACCCAUGCAUUAGCAGCAUUUAGGGCAUCGUGCCAUAACGUUAGGAAAUGCAUGACAUGGCAUGAAAAUAAUAUAUAUGAAGAGUUUUAUGCCAAAAAAUGAUAUUUAUAAAUUUUGGUAUGGGGAAAUAAUGACCUAAAAAGUGUUGCCAUUUCAGUUAAUGACCGUCUGUUUGUGCCAUAGCUCGUUUGAACUUUCCGUUUCACGUUAUUUUGUAAGGUUGUUUUUUUUUUUUAAAGUGAAUAUCUCAUGUUGGAAGAAAAUAGUUAGUACACAAAGUACACAAGUAUCAGAUAUCUUUCAAACACACCACUCACUGCACGAAAUGUUGUUUGAUCCCUGCAAAUGUUGCUUGUCCCUGAAUGGGCUGUGGAUUAUUUUAAAUGGACUUUUUUUGAACAUUUUAUUUCCUACAGAAAAGGAAUUAGGAUGUUUAUAAUAUGCUGAUAUAUCUACAGUGACUGUCUUGUUAUCCACGGAUGUAAUGUAUUAAAGCAGGAGAGAUGCAGAAUGAGGGACUUUGAUAUUUUCCUUUCUUUGUAACUGUAAUCAGAUGGACUGUAUAUAAUAUAUACAGUGUGUUCACUUUAGCCAUUGGUGUGUUGUCUUACUGCGAUGUUUUCACCCCUCAGGCCUCAACAUCACUGACCUUCUUCUCCCGUCUCUCAUUCUUUUCUCCCUAACCCCCAUCUCUCUGCUACGAGCCCUUAUAUCCCUUUAUUCUGUCCUGUAUUCUAUACUCACAGACAGAGCUAAAGCUUGCCCGUCUAAUAUUAGUUUCACUGGGUUUGGAAGUUCAAGUACUUGCGUGUUCACUUUCUUCAUGGAGAUUUCUGAAAAUCCUGACAUGAAGGGUUUUCAGCUUAAAACCA